CUUUAGGCGACAUUGGAUACUUGGACUUGGCAUAGAUCACAGAGGAAGGAAAAGGGGAUCAUGUUUUGUCAAAACUCUCGUGCCCUCUCAUUUUAUGCAUCGUUACCAACCAAUACCUGCGUGAGUGAAUUUCUGAUGGAUAGAAGUGUUUUUUCGGAUGUAUGUGAAACAAUCAAUCGAGGCGAAGCUUUCUGGUUUUGCGAGAAUAGACGGCAUCGAAAGAGGCUAAAACGUUGGCAGGCUUCAGCUACCCCCGCGGAGGACCUCCUAUCCUCAUACAACAACGUGUCCAUCUCUAGUCUGUGCCGGCUCAUUGCCAAGGAGGAUGGAGCGGAGAUGAGGAUGCUGUUUAGCCGCCGACUCCGAGCGGUGUGGAGCAGGCUCGGGCUGGUGGCGCUGGUCCUCUGGGGGCUGGUGGCCCUGGUCCUCCUCUGGCAGCCGGCCUUACCGUCCCCGCCCGUCCGGUCCUCUUCGUCUUCUGCCGCCUCUUCUUAUAUUUCCAAGUCCACCUCUCUCCCUCGCCACGACCUCUACGGCGAAGAAGGAAAACCUGUUGUGCUUGCUUCCAACAUCAGUGCUGAUGUUAAGAAGCUCAUCGAUGAAGGCUGGGAGAAGAACGCAUUCAACCAGUAUGUGUCUGACCUGAUAUCUCUCCAUAGGACCCUUCCAGACCCAAGGGAUCCUUGGUGCAAGGAGCCAGACAGAUUCGUUAGGAAGCUCCCGCCAACUUCAGUAAUCAUUUGCUUUCACAACGAGGCCUGGAGCGUCCUGCUGAGGACAGUUCACUCAGUUAUAGAUAGGUCUCCGAAGGAGCUCAUCAGAGAGAUUAUACUUGUUGAUGACUUCUCCAAUAUGGCUCACUUGAAGAGGCAGCUGGAAGAAUACAUGGCGAUGUACCCAGUUGUGAAGAUCGUCAGAGCCCAACGGAGGGAAGGCCUCAUCAGAGCGCGGCUGCUUGGAGCCAAACAUGCAAAAGGGCCAGUCCUCACCUACCUCGACUCCCAUUGUGAGUGUGCUGAAGGCUGGCUGGAACCACUCCUUGAUCGUAUUGCCAGGGAUCCAACCACUGUGGUCUGCCCAGUUAUUGAUGUCAUCGAUGACAGCACUCUCGAAUACCACUGGAGAGAUGCCGGUGGUGUCAAUGUUGGGGGCUUUGACUGGAACCUACAAUUCAACUGGCAUGUAAUACCCGAGAGAGAAAAGAAACGGCAUAAGAACCAGGCAGAACCUGUAUAUAGUCCAACAAUGGCUGGUGGAUUGUUUAGCAUCGACAAGAAUUUCUUUGAAAGGCUUGGCACUUAUGACUCCGGAUUUGAUAUCUGGGGAGGAGAAAAUUUGGAGCUUUCGUUCAAGACCUGGAUGUGUGGUGGGACACUAGAAAUCGUGCCAUGCUCCCAUGUUGGUCAUAUAUUCCGAAAAAGAUCCCCUUACAAGUGGAAGAGCGGAGUAAAUGUGUUGAAGAGAAACUCUGUUAGGCUGGCAGAAGUCUGGAUGGAUGAAUAUUCGAAGUAUUAUUACCAACGGGUGGGCAAUGACUUGGGUGAUUAUGGUGAUGUGAGCUCACGAAAGGAGUUGAGGAAGAGACUGAAAUGCAGAUCAUUCAGAUGGUACCUGGAUACUGUAUUCCCUGAACUGUUUAUACCAGGAGAUGCAGUUGCAUCUGGAGAGGUAAGGAACUUAGGUUACGGUGGCAAAACAUGUUUGGACUCUCCUGCAAGGAAGAACAACAUGCACAAACCAGUUGGCCUCUACCCAUGCCACAAGAUGGGAGGAAACCAGUACUGGAUGUUGAGUAAAGAAGGUGAAAUAAGAAGAGAUGAAGCAUGCCUUGAUUAUGCUGGGCAAGAUGUAAUCCUCUACCCUUGCCAUGGUUCAAAAGGAAACCAAUUGUGGAUCUACAAUCAUGAGACCAACACUAUACAGCAUGGCUCUAGCAAGAAAUGCCUGGCCAUUUCUGAGAGCAAGCAGCGACUGUUGAUGGCCGAAUGCAAUCUGAGGGCAUUGGAGCAGCAUUGGCGCUUCGAGAACUUCAACGCUUCCAAAUUGAGCUCUGCUCAACCAGAGCAGAGCUAGUGCCAGCAUUGCGGGGGGCUUCCAAUCCGUCCCCCACCAGGCCACGACAGGCUCCUCAGGCUGGCAUUUUGAUCGUUUUAUCCUCCCUCGUAUCAUCUUCCUGGUCAGAACUGCGCUUUGAUACAUAUUUUCCAACAGACAGCUGAUCUGCUCAUCAUAAUGGUUCUUUUAUUGAAAAUAGAAAUUAACUUAAUAGUUAUACCACUGAAUAUAUCAAUUUUUUCCUUAAAUAAUAAUUGUAAAAAUGAAUAAAGUAUGUAUAAGAUAAAGACAUAUGUAUCUUUGGCUGUGAAAUGACAUAUUUUAUUGGAUGAUAUGAAACUUUUUGAUUAAAUUUUAUUUAAUAUGAGGUGAUAAUGUUAUCAAAUAUUGCAGUAUUCUUUCCUGCCGUACGAUUAUGAGUUUAUUAAUUGAAGAAAUAAAGUUAUAUUUGUAUUAUUUAUAAUUGAAUUAUCAAUUAUGUGUAACUUAAAGUGUUUAAAAAAUAAUUGAUUGAGGAUAUCUAUUUAUAAAUGAUUUUAUUUAUCCUCUUAAAAAAAGUAGUAUGUAUUCUUAUAUAUUAUUUAUUACCAAUGCAUUCCUUUAAAUGCUCAAAUUAGAUUAUGUUACUUACCACAUUUUAUUAUAAUUAUUUUAGUUUGAUAAUAAUGAAGUAAUUUGUUGUGAAAUAAUAUCUGAGUUGCUCCACUGUGAUUCUUUAAAACAUUUUGUGAGUAAUAAUGACGAAUUGUCCAAAUAAUGUGUUAUAAGGUAGUCAUUCAUACCUUGGUGGAUUUUGGCUUCUCAGAUUCUUAAGAAAAAUAAUAUGAAAUGCCAAUCAUGAAAAAAAUAAUAAUAUAAAUUUAAAACAUCAUUGUUAAAAUUGUAAAUAUGUAUAAUAGUAUAUACAUAUCAUAAUAUGUAAGAUGGUAUUUAGUCAUAUCGAAUGGAUAUCAAAGACAUAUCCCAACUAUUUCAUUCUGUAAAUUUAAUAAAGUUGUUGUUGCCAAAUUACAAUUAGAUAAUUUUUUGUUACAAAUUUCUUUUUAGAAUUUAGAUAUCUCCGAAUGUCUUUUAUGUAAAAUAUAUAUAUAUAGUCUAUAAUUAUAAAUAUAUAUAUUAACUGUAUAAAUUAUUAGUAAUAUAAGGAAUGUGCCUUGUAAAGGAUAAGAAACGACUUUUUUUUUUAUUCUGUUGAUUUGUGUUAUUCAAAAAUACUUCUUAUGUACUUCAUAGCAAAUCCUCCAGUAAUAUAUUUGUUAUCCUUAUAGGAUGGACUUUGUUUUUUAAUAUUAUAAAUUUGUAGCCUUCUUUGAAAUUCUUGUAGAAACUGUUCCUUCUAUUCAUCUAGAAAUUGACAUCAUAUUUUGGAAAUUUUAGCAAAACCUAUAUCAAUUUAGCAUAGUUAGAAUAAUUUUAUACCAGUAGUUUAAUUUAACGAAUUCUUCCUAACAAAUAUGAUGAAAAAGAUUGUAAGUGAUAUUUUUAGACAUUACAGUUCGUUCAUAGUGGUUCUUGAUUCGAUCAGGUAAUGAUCAUAUUGUUUGAUUUUCAAAUCAUUUAUGAUAGAAUGAUUGUAAGUUUAUGUUGAAGAAAUUCAAUCAUAUUGUUACAUUAUAUCUUUAUUUGUUCACUGAACUUAACAACCAGACAUGGAAAUACCAAUCUUUGAUGUGAGAAGUUCAUAAUCAUUGUAAAAAUAUUUUUAUAUUAAACAUUUGUGUGAAUUGGUGG